GGGGCUGAGCCGCCUCGGCGGGGCAGUGCGGAGCGGCGGCGCGCCGGGGAUGCGGAGCGGCCGGGCCCCGGGCAGAUGAUGGCGAUACGCGAGCUGAAAGUGUGUCUGCUUGGAGAUACUGGGGUUGGGAAAUCGAGCAUCGUUUGUCGGUUUGUCCAGGACCACUUUGAUCAUAAUAUUAGUCCUACUAUUGGAGCAUCCUUCAUGACUAAAACUGUGCCCUGUGGGAAUGAGCUUCAUAAAUUUCUGAUCUGGGACACAGCUGGUCAGGAACGGUUUCAUUCCUUGGCUCCAAUGUACUACCGAGGUUCAGCAGCAGCCGUGAUAGUGUAUGAUAUCACCAAACAGGAUUCAUUUCAUACUUUGAAAAAAUGGGUGAAAGAACUAAAAGAACAUGGUCCUGAAAACAUUGUAAUGGCCAUCGCUGGAAACAAAUGUGAUCUUUCUGAUAUCAGGGAGGUUCCUAUGAAGGAUGCCAAAGAAUAUGCAGAAUCUAUAGGUGCAAUUGUUGUUGAAACCAGUGCAAAGAAUGCUGUUAACAUUGAAGAACUUUUUCAAGGCAUAAGUCGGCAAAUUCCACCCUUAGAUCCUCAUGAAAAUAGUAACAAUGGAGCAAUCAAACUUGGAAGGCAGACUUCACAGACGGGUAGGCGGUGCUGCUGACCCAACUUGAUCUUUUUAGGUUUACUUGAAAAACAGCACCAUUUGCUUUUUUUUUCACUGAGAAAGGACUUUGUGGUCUCAGUGACGUGGCUCCUUAUCUUGAAAGCAGUAAUUUCAACACUUCCCAUGAGCAAUAACACAAGGACCAGAAGCAGAAGGCUUUACUUCAAAGGGAUUUUGAAAAACCCAGUUGGAAAAUCCUCUCUAAUAUCCUGUCAAAAUUACAGUGUCAAAGUACUCCAAUUCUCUGUUUGAACCAGUGACUAUUGGGUUUUGGGUUUUUUUUUAAUAAAAAGAUCAGUUUAUAUAUAAAAUUCAGGUUUGCUGCAAAAACUUACCUUCUUACAAUUGCAAAGUGGACUUGGCAUGUUUUUAGAGUAUUCUCUGUAAUAAUAGGGUGAAAAAAAACCCAUAAAACCUGAAUUUUGGCUUACGGUUUCUCUGCCAUCUUUUUAGCUGGACUCUGCUUCACUAUUUUUCUAAAUCUUCAGCUUCAUCUACUUUCAGUAAACAUCAGCAAGAAAUGGACUGAAUUUGCUAACUAAAGAGAAAAAAAAGGAUCCAAAGGAUGAGCGAAUGCAGUUUUUAUGGACUGGAAGUCAAAAUCUGUGUGAGGAAGUGCUGUGUAUGUGGAAGACGGAGUUGUCAUGAAGGGAACUGCUGGACCCCGUACAGUUCCAGUGUGCUUCAGAAAGAAGUGAAAAUCCAGCCACUGUGCUGACUGGAAUCACUCCCUGUGCAGGGUGUGGGCUUCAAUAAUUACUGAAAAUGUAAAAAGAGCAUAAAAACAGGCUUAAUCUCCACUAUUUACCAGGGUUCCUCCAAAUCUGUGCCCCAGACCAAAUUUGUCUCUGUUCAAAGUUGCCUAUUCCUUGGUUUCUGAAAGAGGGUGCCACAGUGCCCCACUCCUCAUGGUCUCACUGCUGUGCUCCGAGAGGUCUUUGAGUUGGAAGAAUGAUAUUUCUGUACAAAACCUGCAUAAGAGAGCACAAUAUAAUUUGGGGUUAGAGUCUGGAGUCUAAUAAAACAAACCUGAAUGUUUGCUUACAAAUAGAAUUCCCUGAAUUUGUGGAGUAGUCUCCUCAAUUGUGUGGGGUUGUGGUGUGGAAGACCCACUGUGUGAUAUCUUUGAAGCGUGAUGCACUUGGAAAUGCAGUAUAGGAAAAAAUUCCUACAGAGGGUUAUGAACUAGGAAUAAUGUAAAACUGUAUGUGUUUUCCACUAACUUCCAUCUGUUAAGAAUGUGUGUGACUGAGAUGAUAAAAUCCAAAUUUAUCUUCUUCAUCAAUUUCACUGGAAAUGGGAAUUAGAGUAAGAAAUGUUGGAUUCAAAACCAGAGCCCAGCCUGCAUUCCACAACAUUAAUUUGUUCUCUUAGGAGGAAAAUUGUGGUCACUGCACAUUUUCAGGAGGGCUUAUGAAAAGCAAACAAAAGGGAAAAAUAACUUUCCACAAUAAAUCAUGAGUAGGCAGCCUAGAGCAUGGUUUCCGUGUUGAUACAUAAAAAACCAGACCUUAUUGGCUGGUUGUGAGAUUGCUUAGAUAAAAUGUCACUAAUUGUUAGGGCUUGAAACAGAGCCAGAUAAAAUCAACAGGAACAUUUUGUCUCCAGAUUGCUUGAAGUAGUAUAGGUGGGAAAUAUCCCUCUGGAUUUUAUCUAAGAAUCUGCGCUGCAUUGUUUUUUCACAUAUGAUCAAUUUCUCAUAUACUUUGGCCUCCUUUGGAAACACUCAUACUAGAAAAUACGCCCUUGGAUAUUUUGGGUAAACUUCCAGUUUUCAGGUGUGCUGCUAUAUGAUCCAUGUCUCUGACUCAUUGCAGCAACUACUUUACUGAUAGUCCAGGGUUAUUUAAGUGAAAAUUCAGUAAUCAUCAUUGUUGAUAGCUGGGAAGGGAGACAGGCUCCUUUGGGGAACAUUUAAUUCCAUCCCAGUACAAGCAAGUCUGCCAGGGAUGCCUGGCUCUUUCACUUGGCUGGGGAGGGAGAAGCUUAACCUGGCCUUCAGUGCUAAGGAAAUACCAAACUUACCAACAUCACAGGUUCAUACAUUUUAUGGGGUCUAUGACCAAAUGCUGGAAGAGAUCUGAUUCCUCUUAAGUAAAACACAGUAAGAGGCUAGACCAGUUACCCAGAAAACAAGGUGAGAUUGAACCCAUGUUUUCAGAGGUGUCAUAAACUUUAGUUCAACAUAUAGCAGAUAUCCAUAAUUGAUUUUUAAGCUUUUGUAAAUCAGUGUCACAUAUUCAUAUUUUUUUUAACAUGGCAUCUCAAAACUUACUAAAUCCUAACUGAGAUGUCUGAAAGCUUUGUAAGACAAUUUUGUGAGUACCUUCUAUACUCUAAUUUAUGUUCGAACUGGCAAUUGAUGCUGAUCUUUAUGAGAUACUGUCCUGAACAACCAGAUCUCACAGCUGGCUUUGAGCAGUAUGUGAAUAAGAACAGGUUUAUGAGUUAAAUGGUAAAAUUGUUUAAAAUUGAAAGUUUUUACAGUGGAUCUCUGACAGAUUUUAAAAUUUGAAUGGUGAUUAAAUAGGUUUUGCUUUCGGUGGGGCAAAUCUAAAUCACUUUAUUCUGCUUUUAGACAAGAAAAAUAUUUAAAUUAAUAAGAAUUCUGAUUGUAUAAGUUCUUGAGAUUUGGGUUACUGGGAGCUUCAGUGGGGAAGUCUGAAGCCAGAAGAAAAAUAACAGGCCAAUAUGCUGUGCAGAGCAUCUCGCAUUUUCUUUGAACACAGGGCUCACCUUUGACAGUGUUGUUGCCUCUCCGCUGUUUGGCAAAGCUAAGGUGCAGCUUUAACAUGUCUCUUCAAAUGGGGCAAUGGCUUGUUAUAAAAAUAGUGAUUUUAAAAUGUAAAAUUCAUUAUUUCUGCUUCCAUUGGUUGCCUGUGUUGCUUGGAAAGUACCACCACCCUUCAUAAACAGCCAGAAAAAUGACAGAAAAACCCCCAAUCUCAGAGUUGAAAGUUUCAGCAGCAACUGGAAUUCCUCUUAGUAGUUAAUGGCUGGUGAAAAGCUAAAUUACUGUACUGGAGCACCUGACUGUGUAACUGAUCUUCUCUAAUAAUAAUAAUAAUAAUAAUAUCAAUGCUGCAGUUCUUGGUCAGCCAGCUGGUGCUGGGUUUCUCCAAGACUGAUUUUCUCAAGAGAGCUGGCAGCAGGACUGAGGCGCAGGCUAUAGUGCCAAGGGUAUUUGGUGGAGCUUGUUUGCACCAUGACUCAAGACUGUGACUGUCCAGUUGUGGGUGACUUGCUUUUCUGGCUUGUCGUGAACUAGUUUAAAAAACAAAAUUAUGAAGGAACUAGUUUCCGUAUAUGCUCUGCAUAUAUGUGUGUAUAUAAGUACACUUUUGUAUUGUUCUGCUGACAUGUAGUGUUUUUUCACUAUGUCUGGUUCUCAUAUACUACACAUUGUAUUCUGUAAGUACAUUUUUUUGUUAAUGAUCGUUUCACCUUUAUGAACUUAAAGUUGUGGAUCAAAGGUAGCAAGGAGAUAGAGAUACACAUAGGUACAAUUGUUGACUUGCCAUUCUUGUGCAUGAAAAUGGCAUAUUCUAGAAAAUGUUUGUCUUGCAGACUGAGGAAUCUAAAAAGGGUCGUUAUUAUUCAGGAAUUGGGACUCAAAAGUAAUAAAGUGACACUCAAGAGAAAAAACUUACUGUUUUUGCUCACAGUACAGCAUGUCUAUCUAAGGUGCUUAAAUGUAACACCUAAAAAACUUGUCAUCCCAUGUUUCCACUAAUCCUUCAUGGCACAUUGGGAACAAGUGUGGCUAGAUAGGUUACAUAUGUGAGCAUUCUGUCAUCAGACUGUUUCAGUACAGUGAUAUAUUUUACUAACCUACCCUUAAUUAUUUAAACCAGAGUCAGUGAUAAAUUGCCAGUUUAAAAUCACCUGCUAGGUACUCUUCUGUUUUGUUUAAAUAAGAGCUUUGAUUGGGCUGGACCCACUUGCUUCAUGUAUGGGAUGCUGCAAUCUGUUAAUACUUUACCUUCUGUUUUACAUAUUAGCUGUAUCAUACCUAAUAAUAUUUUUUUCCCUAAAAUGUAGUUUUUGUGUUUUAUUUAACCUACAAUGAUUAAUGCUAAUAAAUGUUUUAAAUGCCUCUGAUUUGGGGAUAUCUCUGGUUUCAGUAAAGCAGAACAAAAUAGCUCCCAUUUUGCACAUCAUUUGCUCUUGAAAAAGGGCUGUCUGCAGUCUCUGGAUUACUUGCCUGGGAUUUAAAUGCUGCUUGAAACGUGUGACUGGCCUUUUAGCAGAAAGUGAAUGCAUUCCUGGGGGAUCCUGCAGUCCAGGUGAACUCCCAAAAACCAGAAAAAGAGGAUCUGAAAAUCCUUUUGCUAAGUUACUUGAUUUAUCCAUUAGAAGAGAGUGAUCUGAGUGGCCAGCAUCUGCUUAGAAAUUAAGAAUAGUAGCUCUCAGUAGAAAGUGAGCUUCCAGUUACCAGUUGCUUUGUAUAGCAGCAGUAACUAGUAUGGCUCAUAAGAUACUUCCUCUUUUGUAUGUUUUUAUUUUGGUGUACAUUUAUUUUUUCAUCUUGCUUUGUGUCCCUCCCUCAGACUCGUGUCUAGGAGUUAAGAAUUAACACUCACUUAAGAAGUAUGCAGUAUUUCAUUCCUGUUAGUGUUAUCAUUUCAAGAGGUGUUUAACCACACCAACAGUUUGUUGCACUGUUUGGCUCAUAUUUUCAAACUUUUUACCACAGCUGUGAGGACUAUGAAUGAAGAGCUGGGUUUUUUAAGGAAAAACAGGGGCUUUGGACUAAGACUUUUCUGAUUACCAUGACAAAUUCAAUACACAGCAGUACACAAGAAAUACUGUAACUCAAAUAACAGUACAGAACACCACUUUUCUGUGGCAAUGAGAAACCAGUAUUUCAAAGAGGUUUCAUAUGUUAGGAGUUUGGUUCCUGGUAGAAGAUACCCAGCAGGAUCUGUUCCCUGCUUCAAAGCAAUUACAAUGAUCUUGAAAAAGUACUUACCUCCAGCUGUGCAUAAACAAGAAGGAACCCAGGUACAUAACUGUGAACUAAAAGGUGAUGUACUUAAUUAAUGGAAAGCCUAAGUAAGCCCCUUAACUAUUAUUAGUGUGUUGGAAAAUCUGAAGUGAAUGCUGUUCUGUCCUUAGGUGUUUAAAGAGAAUUUUGCCCCUGAAUGAAUCAGUCCUUGUGUUGUCAAUGGGAUGUUUUACAUGGCUUGGAAGCAUGUGCCUGUGGUGCUUUAGGUUAGCUUGGAGUUGAAUUUAGUGAUGAGAGGGGAGCUGUACAAUUGGCUGGAAAAUAAAUCUCUGCUGCUUUCCUUUUGAAGAUUGAAGUUUGUGUCUUGAGGUACUUAAGGAAAAGUAUUUGACAUUUUGGCCUUCAAAAUCUUCACCACUGCAGCUUCAGUCCCUGCAAAGAGCAUCACAGGACACCCUGCUGUGAUCUCCUGAGCACCGCACUGAAAUCAGGACAGCAAGGCUGAUGAAAUAGUCUGUGUAGCUACUUCAUACCUCCACCCCCUCACCUAAUCUGCAAAACUGUUCAGGCCACUACCAGGUUUUGCCUCCCUUCCCUGAAAGGAAAAGAGUAAGCUGCAGGAUUACUAUUUUUUUAUCCCCCCUUGGUGUUGUUUUAUACAAGGCUACAGAAUAAUUUUCUUUAAAAGCAUUAAAACAUUCAUGGGAGGAUAGAUUACCUAAAGGUGUUGUACAAAUGCCUUUGUUAAUUGGUGCUGGUUACUCCCUAAGGACUUGACAUCGGUGAUAGGAUGGAUGUCUUCACUGUUUAAUGCAGUUCUUGGCCAUCAAUAAGGUCCUCUUUUGAUAUACUAUUUUUUGCCAGAUGGACCAGGGAUAAAAUCAUUGCUUGAUAUAAAUGCUCUCUCACUGUCCAAAAGUAAGACUUUUCACUAAAAACUAUGAAAUCAAUAGUUAACCACAUUUAGCAGGUUAAAGAUCAGAAGGAAUAAGUAAUAGCAUAAUGUGGCAUAAUAUAGCUUUUUUCAUAUUUAUUUCGAAUGGGUUUCCUCUGUUUCAAUUAAGAAGAGUCCUUAUUGCAAAGUCCUUAUUGCCUGUAUUUCUGAUACUACCAGAUGGUCUUGAUGCAGAUUAGUUUGCAUUAUCACUUACCACUGCUAUGUAUUUUGUACAAAUAGGAAGACAGGCUCCUGAUACUCAAUCAUUGUGUUUUCAAGACAUAGGUGUAGAAGUGUUACUGGAAUUGUUUGGUAACAUAGACGUUGUGAAAACUUGAAAAUAGUACACUGACAGAACUUGAAGUGUAAGAGACCUGUACAAACUUGCAUUUAGUGUCACAGCUAUUAACAAGUUUUUAAUAAGAUAUCAUUAUUUAGUGUGGCAAAGAGAAUUUUGAGGCUCCUGGUUAGGUAUUAAACAUUUAGCAGCUUGGGAAAGAUUUCUUUUUUCUGGCUGUUAGAUUACUCAUUUUUUAUCCCUGAGACUGCCUGAAAGACUUAAAAAAAAAAAAAAGUUUUCUUUGAAAAGUACUGACCUUCUUUUCUCAAAACCUCCCUGAGAACCUGAGCUUUCUCUCUCCCAUUAUCUGUGAAAAGUUCUUUGAGACACACUUUGUUUAUGAUGAAACACUCAACCUUUCUCUUUGCUACAUUGGGAAUUUUAGAAAACAAAAACACCUUUCCCCUAAAGUCAAUUUAAUUCACAUUUAUUUCACUUAGUCAGUGCCACUCCUGCUCCCUCCACAUCAGUAAAAUACAUAUUUAAAGAAGAAGAUAAAUACCUAACAACUAAAUCCCUAUUCCCCUACAUCAAGUAGAGUACCCUGGGGAAAUGAUCUGUUACAGACUAAAACAGAAAUGAUCCCUACGCUUCCAAUUACAUAUUGACAAGAACCAAUCAAUAAGGAAGUCAGCUUACAUGUCUGAGAGAUGCCCUUGAGGAAAACGAACAUCACAUUCCUUCCUCUUGGUCAAUAUAACAUGACUUGGGUAGCAAGUGAUAGCAUUGUUGUUACAGACUAAAAAUAAAUAAAAAAAAUAUUAGGAGGAUAGUAACAGUUUCUCUUGACUUGUUUAAUAGGGUUGAAAUAUAAGUUAAUCACCUUAUAAAAGAAACCCCUUUUUCCUGUCAUCUUCAAAGACACUGGCAGCUUUGCUGACAAAUAUAUGUUGGGAAUUCUCACAGGGGUUUAGCAAGAAAGAGCAAUGGAUGCAGCCUGGAUGACACAGUGCAUUUCUAUAUUCUAGCUCUGCAAAAAACCAAGUUGUCACCAAACCUAUAGAAUCUCUACCAAAUACCCAAGUUCUUGUGUGUGUUCAUCACUCAUAACGUGGGACAAUUUUGCACCAUAGAUAUUUACCAAAAAAAGCAUAAAAUGUAUAGAAGGAAUCUAAAUAAGCCCUCAGAAAGAAGGACAUUCCAAAUAAAAAUGUUACUUUGAUGUGCUAUUUCUUGAGACAGUCAGAAACUCAAAUGCGAAUUAAAUAGCUUUCCUGGCAGCAUUCCCUUUAGAGAUACUGUUUGUCCUAUGAGUUUUGCCACACUCUCUAAGUCAUUCCUGAUUCUCAAGGAAAAUUUGCUUUCAAAGUGGCAACCUGAACUGCCUGCUGGCACCCAACCAGCUCCCCUCUUACACCACAACCUUUGACACCAGAAUGGUUCUCCCCAUAAUCUCAGUAAGAAGGAACAGAAGUCUUGAGAUAUGCUGGAAAUAUGAACUCAUAUUGAUGUAGGAAAAUGUUUCAACAGAUUAACUUGUUUACUUGUGACAAAGAUACUAGAAAAGGAAACAUUUUUAUAUAUUUUUUUCCCCCCACCGGUAUUUUUGUUUUUUUCAAUGUUUUAGGUGGUGAAAUUUCUGAAGGAGAAAUAGGUUUCUUGGAAUGAGGAUGAAGCCAGAAUGUCUUGUUGAUUACAAAGUUCUGAAGAGGGAAAAGAAUGUUUAGAACUGAAAAGAAGGGACACAAACAUGAAGAUGUCCUACCCCAGGUGAUACUCUUCAUGGUGGGUUAUAACCCCACUGAGGUGAUAAGAAACAAAAGCCAUGUCUGAAGUACAAAAUCUGGAUUUGGGGUAAAAAGGAUAUCAUAUUCUAAGUGGUCAGAGUGCAUAUACACUCAUUUCAUGGCAUAGCCACACCACCUUAACACGUCUGUUACUUGAGAACCCUAGCUAAUAAACGAGCAUAAACAAACACAAGAUUAGAGUACAUCAGGUGCCUAUGCUCCACCUAUAAAAAAAUGAUACCAUAUCUUUACCUGUGGAUAUGCCUGAAUUUACCAAGUGCAAAGUCCACAGAGUAAAAGACGAUGCCCAUUCAUGUAUGCAUGACACACCGGUUACUGAGUUGGAACUCUGGACAAAGGGCUUUGGCUAAUACAUUCCAGUACGUUUAUGUAGCCACCUUGCCUGCAUGGUUUAGCUCUUCAUGAAGGUUGAUGUUGUCUGAAUGAUGUCUUGGAAUGAUGGGUGGUUUUGCACAAAUUGUUCCAGAGAAGAAUAAAGAAGAAAGGAUGAGGUGGUGAUAAAUGUAUCCAAGAAGAUUUACAUUGACUGAUUUAACCACAGCAUGUAGUAUGUACUUAAGUAGUCGCUGCUGGCAGUAUAAAGGCUUUACAAUAACACAGCAUCCAUCACUGAAGUGUAAAAUGGAGGGAUUUUUAUUUUAAUUCUCCCAGGAGGAAAUCGAUGCCUUAGAAAAUCCGCAAGGCUUGAGUCAUCAAGUCAUCACUAUCAGCGGGCAUGUCUUUCAGACACUUCACCUUAUCUCACUGUGACUCACACACCAGGGAAAGAUGCACACCACGGCAAAAAAUUGCACCCUCCCCUAUGUGAUAGGCACAGCUGAAAAAAUUACAGGACCUGAAGCAACUACUAGAUUAGAAGGAGAGCUGCCAUCUGAGUAGCCUGUUUCUCAUCACAUCCAUGACAGCGAGGUAGGGAUGUCUGGGAGCCACAGGUUUCAAAGUUCUAAGAAAGUGGUUACUUAGCUCUUUGGCAAAAUGACUCAGCCCAUGUCUCUGGUAGUGCAGGAGAGCCUGCAGUUAUUGAGGCUGCUUUCUGACAGGUCUGCUUUCGAAGGCAGCUAGUGUUCCUGGUGAAAUGGUGCCAGGAUUCCCAUGAGAAGUCCUAAUUUCUCAUGAAGUACAAGGAAAAACAUGAUCCCCACCAUUUUCAACCAGCUUUGCAAAUUUUCCUUCCAUUUAGUGGGAGCUCCAAGGUAUAACAAAAUCCUGGAUGUUAGAUAAUUCCAAUGUAUAUUUCAAGCCAGGCAGCCACAGGCAGGAAAUCAGACUUCAGGAACUUGUGAUUUUCUACCGGUGUCUUCAGAUCAUUCUGGAAAUGUAAGGAGGCUGUGUUUCAAGCUAGGCCAUCUGAUUUUAUACGCAACCAUGUCAUAGAAAGAGUGUGAUGAAGUGAUGGAAAAGUUCUAUCAAAUUUUGUAAUUGUCACCAUUUUAAACAUAACCAUUGCUCUAAUGUCACAGUUGUUACUUGCUUGCAUCUUUUAUACUCAGAGCUGGUCUGUGGAGACUGCAUCAGUAACAAAACAUUUAACCAAGUUAAAAUAUUGGAUGUUCAAUCUUAGGGGUGGCUAAGCCAAUAAGAUUACUCUUUAGGCCAUUUUCACAUUCUGAGUUGGGUUUCCAAGCCUGGAAUGCAAUCUUCAGCAAAUCUUAGGAGGAUUGAUCUCGAUAGCUUUGAUGGGCAGCAAAGCAAGGAGCUCUAUCAUUACAUUUUUAUAAGUCACACUUUAAAUCUGAGAAUUAGACUCUUCUUUAAAAACUGUCAUGUAUUUGGGACAGCUAAUAUAUUCUACUGACAUCACGUGUGAUAUUUCUUCACCAUUUUUUCCCUUUAUAUUUACUGAAAAGUGAAAUGAGGUUUUCAAUCUUACAUUGAUCUCUUAGAGAGGGAACUGGAUAGAAUGUGAAAAUGGCCUAACAAGUAAUCUUAUUAGGGCUUAGCCACCCCUAAGACUGAACAUCCAAUAUUUUAACUUCAUUACAAGUUUUGUUACUGAUGCCUAGUCUAAAAUCCAGCUCCUUCUGUCACAAUUGUAUACUCUCUGAAUAGCCAACAAGACCAAAUGCAAUGACUUCUUUUUUGCCUUUGAUAUGAAUUCGUGUAGGGACUAGUUGCUGGAUAAUAAAGCACCGUUUUUACUAAGCUA